AUGUUUAGGAGAUUGUUUUCCACUGCACGCAGCUUGCGUAAGACCUUGGUUCUCAUUGAAUCAGCAGCAGGCCAGCUCAACCCGGCAUCAUUGUCAACAGUGACAGCAGCAACACAAAUAGGCGAGCCAAUCACGGCAUUGGUGGUGGACCCUUCCGUAUCCGCAGCAGCUUCCAAAAUCGCGGGAAUCACAAACGUGUUACAAACAUCACAGCCCACCAGCUAUCUCGCUGAAGAAAUCAGCCCCUUGGUUCAAAAAUUAAUCACCGAAAAUGACUACUCCCAUUUCUUGACCUCGGGCUCAACAAUAGGCAAAUCGAUGUUGCCCAGAUUGGGAGCACUAUUAGACGUGCAGCCAUUGAGCGACAUCACCAAAGUCGUCGACGCGCAAACAUUCACCCGUCCAAUCUACGCCGGGAACGCCAUCGCUACAAUCAAGUCCAAAGAUAGCACCAUCCUCGCCUCAGUUCGAGCCUCCUCUUUCCCGCCAGCCUCGGAAGCCAGCCAGGAUCCACCAGCACCAGUAACGGAAAUCGAGCCAGGGCAAACAUCCACGAGAACCGAGUUUGUCAGCGAAGACUUGGUCUCUUCGGACCGUCCCGAGCUCGGUGGCGCCAAGCGUGUAGUUGCAGGCGGAAGAGGAUUGAAAGAUAAGGAAACGUUUGACAAGUUGGUGGAUCCGUUAGCUACCAAGCUCAAGGCCGCAAUCGGCGCAUCUAGAGCUGCUGUUGACGCCGGGUUCUGCGACAAUUCUUUGCAAGUGGGGCAAACUGGUAAAAUCGUGGCUCCCGAAUUGUACGUUGCUGUUGGUAUCUCGGGAGCUAUCCAGCAUCUUGCUGGUAUGAAAGACAGUCAAGUUAUCGUUGCUAUUAACAAGGACGCCGAAGCUCCCAUUUUCAAUGUUGCAGAUGUCGGGUUGGUGGGCGAUUUGAACGAGAUUAUCCCCGAGCUCACUGAGAAGUUAUAG